CUACACAAUCAUUGGGCUUCAUCUUGCUUUGGGUAAAUUAUUCACUGAGUUAUUCAGAGGCUCUGUGAUGCUCUUGAGGAAGGGGGGGGGGGGAUCUCAGCUUACUGUGUCUUUAAAGUCGUGCAGAGGGGAGCUAUACUAAAGAAAGGAGGGGGCUUCUGUGCGCCAGUUGGAGGUGUCUGCCUGUCGCAGCGGCUUUGGGUUGACAUUAAAGAAGAGCGCGUCCAUGCGUCAGCGGGGAUCUACGGCGCAAUUUGAGAUACUCCGAUUGAACCGGUUCCAGGCAGAUAGUCAUCAGACUGAAGAUACACGGAUGGACAGAGAAAUAGUGCAAUCGGAAUUAACUUGUCAGCCGGUGCGAGGGAUUUCUGUCUAUAAUGGGGAAUACGACACCUAAACCUUUGAUAGAUGCGACUCUGCAUCCCCGCCCGGUGGCCAGCAGGCAGUACUACACCCUGCCUAAGAAUGGGGCAGGUGUGGAGAGAAGAACGUCCGCCGCUCCGGUCAGCAUCAACGUGGAGUCCCCCCGCUUUCACCCCCACGCCAAGGGCAAGAAUAUCAGGCUGGAUGGGCAGCUUCGGCGUGCCACACGCAAGAACAGCUUCUGUAAUGGCAUCACUUUCAGCCACAGGCCUGUCCACCUCUAUGAGAAGGUGCGUCUUCGCCUGAGUGGCGUGCACACUGGAUGGAGUGGAGCUCUACGCUUCGGUUUCACCAGUUUGGACCCAAGCGAAUUGGUCGCUACAGACAUCCCCAAGUAUGCUUGCCCAGACCUGGUGACACGGCCCGGCUACUGGGCCAAAGCUCUGCCCGAGAGACUGGCCUUGAAAGACAAUGUUUUGUCAUUCUGGGCUGAUCGCCAUGGCAGAGUUUUCUACAGCAUCAACGAUGGAGAGCCCAUCCUCUUCCACUGUGGCCUCAGCAUCGGCUGUCCACUCUGGGCCAUCAUAGAUAUUUAUGGCAUCACUCAGGAGGUCACACUGCUUGAGAGCACGUUUGCUGAGAGUGUGGGAUCCAGCUGCCUGAGUGCGGCCCGUCUGAGUGCCUAUCUGCCCCAGAGUAGCCACGACUCAGCCAAUUACAACAACAAUCAACUGGAGAACAACCAGGCUGCUGCUGCCAAGAUGGCAAACCUCCAGCUCACUAACUACACUCAGCUCAUCCCCUGCUGCUCCUCCACCUCUUCCUCCUCCACACAGUCCUCAUCUGCCUCCACUGGAUUCAGCACCCCGAGGGUGGUCCGGGGCCUUCCUUCCCCGCUGGACAAUGACUUGCACUUUCACCCUGUCCGUGGCUCUGAUGUAAUACUCUCUGCAGACCGCUCUGCCGCCUGCAUCCACUUUCUGGACAGCAGUCGGACUCUGGUGUUCAGUGACCGUCCGCUGCACGUGGGUGAGACUUUGUACGUGGAAGUCGGCCACCUGGGCCUGCCCUACUUUGGCGCGCUGUUGUUUGGUUUAACGUCCUGUGACCCUGCCAGCCUACAUGCCGCAGACUUACCGGCAGACCCUGAGGUUCUCCUGGACCGUAAAGAGUAUUGGGUGGUGCAUCGUGGCUUCCCCAUGCUUUGCUCUGGAGAUGUGCUCAGCUUCAGUCUGCUGCCCAGCGGAGAUGUGCACCACGGGGUGAAUGGAGUGGGACGUGGCAGGCUGCUCUGUGUGGACACCUCUCAGGUCCUCUGGGCUUUUUUCACCCUGCAUGGGGCUGUCAACAGACUCAGAAUACUGGGAACACUGCAGUCCAGUCCUCCCCCCACAUCCCCCAGCACGUCUCAAAGCAGCAGUCCAGACGACAGUGACUCAGACCUGGCGUUCAGUGUCAACAGAUCCUCCUCUGCCUCUGAAUCCUCUCUGGUGACUGCUCCCAGCUCCCCCCUCAGCCCUCCCGUCUCUCCGACUCUCACCACCUUAGAUCUGCCCUCUGCUGGAAAAAACGGAGAAUGCACCAUUUGCUUCGACCAAGACGUGGACACCGUCAUCUACACCUGUGGACACAUGUGUCUGUGCAACGACUGUGGGCUGAAGCUGAAGAGACAGAUCAACGCGUGCUGUCCAAUAUGCAGGAGGCCGAUCAAAGAUGUUAUCAAAACAUAUCGGCCAUGAUGAUCCAGAUGUUCAAACGGGUGCUGUGACUUCCGCUGCUGGAUGCCACCUAUGACCCCUUCUCAGGCUUGGUUGGACACGGAUCUUGGCCCCAAUUGGAAAUUAGCCAAACCAGGACAUAACUGUGCCUAUAUCUCCAUUUUAUAUGGGUAAAUCUUUUCUGAAGAUAGUCAUACGCAGAACUGUGAUCAUCUUAAUACACACAGUAGACUUCUACAUGAGCUCCUUUGAUUUGAGAAAGAAAAGAUGAAUCAUGCUCUCCUUUUUUUGUAAUGUCUAUGUGAUGUCUCUUACAUCACAUGGAUAGUCCGAGCUUAAAAAGCCUGCUGUGAAUAUUUUGUCCAUACACUCAUCGUCCUAGAUUAAUGUGUGCUUCAGCAGGGUGUGUGGACCGUAGUCUAUGACUUGUAGUGCCUUAGAUUUAUGUCACAUUGUGCGUACAAGUAAUCAUGCUACCAAUCCUAGCCAUAUUUUUAAUGUACAGUACCGAAAGUGUGUGGUGAAAAGGCUAACAGAUGCAGAAUAUAUGCAAUGAAAGGUGUUAUAGAAAGAUUCUUUAGUGGAAAGAUGUAACUGUAUAUUAAGUGUGUUCAGUGCCGUGCUUUAGGAAAAGUGUGUUUGGAAAGUACAAAAUGAAGAAUCCGGUUUUACACAUUGAGAGAUUAAUAAAAGUGGACUGUGUGAU